CUUUUUAUUUGAUAUAUUUAGGCCUGAACGUUUAAGGCAAAAUCGUCCAUGAGGAGCUCCUCUAUACGGUGUCUUAUAUUAUAUAAAUGACCACGGUACCCGAAAAAGUGAACGAGUGAGCGCUUCUUACUUCCUCUUUCCCUGUCACCGAGGUUGUGGUUUGUAGUGUACGCUGCACCACAUGUGUUAUUGUUUUGUUAAGACUAUUUAUAUUAAAUUGAAAUAAACUACAGUGGCAUGGGGAAGAAUAAGAAGAACAAAACCAAAGAGUUGGGUACACAGGCGGGCAAGGCCGGACAACAUUCAAGGUGUCACAACAGUGAUAAGAAGCUCAAACGAGAUGGUAAACCCAAGAAAGCCAAACAAGACCACCUCGAACACAUCCCCUUUAAACUCCGAGAGAUAAUGAAGAGCAAGGAGAGAAUGAAAACUGGAUCCUUGAACACCAAAAAGCUUAAAGAGGCCAUCUCCCCUAAAGGUAAACCAGACGAUUCCGAAAGUGGAGACAUCCCUGUCCCACAUUUCAGGAGGGGAAAGGCGGAAAGUGAGAAAGCAUACCUACGGCGCAUGGAGAAUGAGACAAAACACGUCCUCUUUCUCACAAAGAACCAAGUAGACAGAAAGCCUGAGCUGGAUGCAGACAAACAAGAGAGGCCUGCAGACACGGGCAAGUCUGAGAAAAAGAAGGAGCAUGAUAAAGUCAGAUUACAGAGGCUACAUCAGAAAAAGUUGGACAGACAAGAGGACAAGAUGGAAAAAGAGAUGUUUGUAGAUUAUGUUCCCUUUGGUGAAGUUGCAAUGGCCCCGCCGUCUUUCAGCGCCAAACCCAAGAAAGCUCCAGUCAGAUCUCAGAAGGCAUCAAAGGAGCUGCUUCUCAACUCUCUCUUAGGCCACACGGUGAUCUCCACAGCCAAGCCCUCCAUGGCCAGACAGAGAAUCAUGGAGGAGGAGAGGGAGCGAGCAGUGGAGGCCUACCGCCUUCUUAAGAAACAGAAACAACAGCAGCAUGAGGCCAGGGCUGCCAAUCUGGAAAAACUUAAGAACCCUCAAUGAUGAUUUCAUUUGUAAUUUAGAAGUCCCUGACUUCAAACAGCAGUGAAGCACAGAAACUGAAACAAUGAAAGAUAACCAUCAGCAGACUGUAAUGUACUGUAUGUGUGAUAGAACUGGAACUGCCAGUGUGGGGACUUACCCCAACGUAGCUAACUGUCAGGGAAGGAAGCAAACAUUUGAAUCUGCUGCCCACAGUAUGAGGUAAGUAGUGAUCAACAUUCACCUGCCACUUUCAUUGUCACAUAUUUAGCUCCAAAGAGAACAGCUUUGUUGAAAUUGUUAAUGCAUGUUUAAAUGCCUCAUGAAGAAAACAGAUUCACCCCUAACUAAGUACAUUGAGACAGGUUGAUUUCUCGCCCUCGUAACUGUGUCAGAUGUUCACUUGCAGCCAUGGUGUUCAGUUGUAUUUACACUGUUUUUGUAUUUGCGUAUUUAGAUAGUACCUAUGACGUCAUUUGUUAUAUGGUAGACAAUAAAAUCAUAAAGGCUAUGUCAAGGCAAAGAUAAACCUUCAAAUAUUUGCUGUUGUCCCACUAGAUGGCAGUCCUGCAGAAAGCUGCUUUCAUGUUUGUAUGGAGAGCAGAACAUGCACACUGAAUUGUUUUGGACUUCUAAAAAAAAAAAAAAGGCACACCUUGCCUUUUUAUAAAUGUGAAUGUAUAGCUGUAGACUUGGAAUAUUUUCAUACUCUGUAACCCUCUGUACCUUUAGAGCCUAAAUCCUGGGAUCUAUAAAUCACCUCAGCCUUUUUAAAUGUGGAGCGCUUAUUAGAGCCUGGCACAACUAAUUACAUUUGUAAUCUGUAAAUGAACAAGAAUAAGGCCUUUGUUUAAACAUUGGCCUCUGGGACAAACUGUUCAAAUUCGGAUAUGGUUGUUCAACAACUUCAUCUUUAUAAAUCAUCCUAGAUCUAAAAGCAAACCUGAUGCUGGUGAUACAUUUUUUUUGCAGUGGUGGUCUCCUGAAUAAUAUCACCAGAUGGUGUUAGACCUACCUAUUAUUACUGAAUCCCUGUUGUCUGGUCUGUGGGUUCUCAGUCAUUUCUGUUUGAUCAGCUUUUUUUUGUUUUUCCACUGAGGGUUGUCACAGUGACAAGGAAAUGCAUUAAGUGGGGACAGCUGUUUGUGAUUGGUAGCGCUGACUCCCUUGAGCUGAGCUUAACCACCAUUGGUCAUUUAACCCCCCCCCCCCUCCUCUGUCCAUGUGCACAAGACAGCUAUCCGUAUUAUCAAGGGAUUUACAGAUGCUGCCUGUCAGUGAAAGAUGCUGUUUUUGACUUUGGCUCAAGUCACUGAUUACGAAUUAACAUCUAAUACACUUUAAAUAAAGCAAGGUCUUUUAUGUUAA